ACGUGGAGAGUCAUCAUCCACCAACGAGGUAAUAGGGAACAAAUCAGAGAGAAAAUCCAGAGAGACGAAGAGAAAACAGAGAAGAUGAUGUUCAAAGACGGAUACGCGGGUGUGACCUCGAAGGGUGGUGAGGAGGUUGACCUUGAGUCAGGGGAGACCCUGUACCCGGGUCUUAGCUACGGCGAGAACCAGCUCCGAUGGGGCUUCAUACGCAAGGUCUACGGUAUCCUUGCCGCCCAGCUUGUCCUUACCACCCUCGUCACCUUCGUCACCGUCCUCUACUCCCCGAUCAACGAUCUCCUCCGAGGCAAUUCUGGGCUGUUGCUCUUCCUCAUGUUCCUACCCCUCAUCUUGUUGUGGCCCAUGUAUGUAUAUCAACAAAAGCACCCCCUGAACUUUAUCUUCCUUGGGCUUUUCACCUUGUCGCUGAGCCUUACAGUUGGUGUAAGCUGUGCUAACACAGAUGGAAAACUUGUGCUUGAAGCAUUAAUUUUAACCUCAGCUGUGGUUUCGUCCUUAACUGGGUAUACUUUCUGGGCGUCUAAGAAGGGCAAGGACUUCAGCUAUCUUGGACCAAUCUUAUUCACCAGCCUGUUUGUCCUUAUCCUUACUGGUUUUCUCCAGAUGUUCUUCCCGCUUGGCUCAACAUCUGUUGCUAUUUAUGGUGCAAUGGGUGCUAUAAUUUUCUCGGGCUACAUUGUAUAUGACACUGACAACCUGAUCAAGCGCUUCACAUAUGAUGAGUACAUUUGGGCCUCCAUUACUCUUUAUCUGGAUGUUCUGAACCUGUUCCUUUCCAUUUUGCGGAUGUUGAGACAGGCCAACAAUUAGCUGUGUUGGGCACUUUGUUGGCGGUCUGGGUUUUGGCUGAUCAAUCAAACGGUAGUACGCAUAUUAUCAUCUAAAACUGAACACAAAAUUGUGUAUAAGAUAUGUUUCCCUAUACUAUUUUACAACCGAGUUGGCUGUUUAUGACUUGCAGAUUCUAGUUUAAAUUUGCCUUAUCAUACUCGGCAAAUAUAUUUUAUAUGCUUUGUUUCCCA